GGGCGGCCCAACCCCACUACCUAAGAAAACCAUUUGUAUAUAUUUCAUUCAAAGUGCCCUUUUCUUCUUCAUCAAUUCUCUCAGCUACCAUAACUUAGCUUGAUCAAAAAACUUACAAGUCUUGAUUUUUUCUCAUACAGAGAUACAGAAAUAUCGAUCCGAGUUAAUAAGCUCCAUUCAUUUUGUGUAGUUGAAGUUAAUUGACGAAAAUGAGAAGAAAUUGUAACUUGGAGCUCAGCCUUAUGCCUCCUCCUCUUCCUGCAUUUUCUCCUUACGAAUCCUCAAUAGAGGACGAUAAAGAAUUAGAGAAGCAACCGCAAGAACUAACGAUAUUUUACAACGGAAAAUUUGUGGUUUCUUAUGCUACUGAGCUUCAGGCUAAAACUAUAAUAUAUCUUGCAAGUAGAGGAAUAGGAGAAAAUACAAAUAAGAUUCCAUCGCCAAUAUCAGAGCCUUCAUCACCAAUAUUACAACCUCACACUUGUCUAUUCAUGAAGAGAUCUCUACAAAGAUUUCUACAAAAGAGAAAAAAUAGAAUUCAAACAGUUUCUCCAUAUCAUCACUAGCUGCUACUGAUGGAAUUCGACUCCGUUUAAUUUCAUAUGUACAUAUGUUUGUAAUUUGGUGUGACUAAUACAUAAAUUUCAUGUGAGAGCUAGAAAAUAAUAGUUUUUCGGAUAGGUGGUUUUAGUUAUAAGCAUAACAACAGUGCAUAACUUAUUAUGCAGAUUUGGCACAAUACAAAAUUAAAUUUCUUCACACACACUCUCUCUAUGUGUGUGUAUGUGGGUUUUAGAAGAACAUCUCUUAUGUGGUGACCAGAACUUGAUUAUUA